GAGAAGCAGCUUAAAUUAUUGCGCAAAUUACUUAAUUCCCACGACCCUCGACCACGCUCUCAUCAAGAUUUAUCCUAUUCUAUUCCAUUCUCUCUCUCACGAUCAGCUUCUUCUUCGGAUCUUGAAUCUUUCAGAUCUUGCAAGAGAGCCUGAGAGCCACCCCCAGAGAGCUGAGAAGAAGAGCCUCUUCUUCACCCUCAAAAAGGAAAACAAGAAAACGAUGAAUCGUAGCCCUAACCCUAGGAACCAUCAAGAGACCUCCUUCCAAAUCAAGCAAGAUGGCAAGUUCUUCUCCAGGCUCUUGUCUAGGGAAAGCUCCGCCACGAACACCUCCUCCCGCCUCCUCUACUACGGCGGGGCCGCCCGCUCGGUGCCCUUCACGUGGGAGUCCCAGCCAGGGACGCCGAAGCACGCCUUCUCUGGCACCUCCCUCCGUCCCCUCACGCCCCCUCCUUCCAGCUCCACCCCUGCACUCACCUGCUCCGGCUCCUCCUCGCAGGGCCGUCGUCGCAAGCGGAACGUGUCCAUGAGCGCCGUGUUCUCAAGGCUCACCCCGAAAAGAUCCCAUCGCGCAUCGCCGUCAUCGUCGGUUUCUUCCGGGUCGACAUCGUCGUCGUCGGGGUCGUCUUAUAAUUCUUCCCCAUCCACUUCGAGGUUCCGUAUCCAUCGCCAGUUCUUCUCUUGUUCAGGAUCUUCUAUGCAUUAUGGGUCGUACGACGACAAUGAAGACAUUGGUGACGAGAAAGAAGAUGGCUAUGGAUCUCCGGACUCGACGCUGAGCUUCGGGGAGAGGAGGAAGUAUUCAAACAAGUUUAGGGGCUGCUAUUCGAUGGGGAACGUGAAGAAGAGGUUCAUGUCCAUUUUAGGGCAAAAAAGAGGUACUUAUUGAGGUCGUAGGAUUUUCUGUAUGUCGUCGCAAGCUGUUUAUAUCGUCCUGUAUCGGUGUUCAUUGGAGCGAGUUCAAGUUUGUGCAUUGUCUUCUUGGAUUUUCUUAGGUAUUUGACGAUGGUAUGGACGUUGGAACUCAUGGAACGUCUUGUUCCCUUUCUUUUCUUUGCAUUUUCUGCAAUGAAUCUUCGCCUCCUCCUCCUCCUC